UCCUCAGUCAUUGCCGCCAACUGUCAAAUAUGUGACGCGAAAAGAGGUUAUUGUUUAUACCGAACUUAAAUAAUAUAAAAAUGGAAGAUAUACAGGCUACAGUGCCCUGUAGAGACAGCCAGUUGAAAGAACUAUUUGAACUGCUUGGAGAUGGUGAUGAACCGCUCCCAUGUUCUAUUUUUAUAAGCGGUAAUAUGGCUACCGGAAAAAGUUUGUGUGUGAACUCGGUUCUUCAAUAUUUGGGUUUUAAACACAUCGAGAUUGACUGUGUGGAAUGUUAUGCGCCCAAAAUAAUGUAUGAGUGUAUAAUUUGUGAACUUUUUGAGGAAGACGAGAAUAUAAAAUGCGAAACAAUGGUGGACCUAUUCAAUUCUCUAAAGCGUAUUGAAAAUACUCGCGAGCCCAUUGUUAUCGUGUUCGAUAGAGCAGAGAGGCUUCGCACAAUGGACCACAGCAUAAUAUCGUCGUUUUUGAGGCUGCGGGAAUUCUGUAACCUAAACAUUUGCACCAUAUUUAUCACUCAUUUGAUAUACGAGAACUUCUACUUCAGAAUGGGCGUACGCGAACCUAUAAAACUAUACUUCCCUAAUUAUAGUAAAGAGGAAUUGUUCAAAAUCAUAUUCCUUAAACAAAAAUCUUUUACUUAUCAUUUAUUAUGUAAUUAUGAAGUUGAAGAUGAAAUUAAGGCAGAGCUUGAUAAGCCAGAAUUGUUUGCCAACUUCCUAAACGCUUUUCUGAGUGUAUUCUAUAGACCGUGUCGUGAUUUAAUCGAACUUCAACAUAUGGCGCGCAACAACUUCGUAAAAUAUUGUGAACCCAUUAUAAGAAAUGAAAUACAAGCUCAAGAUUUAACAAAACUCUGGCGGCACAUAUCACCAAUCUUGAAAUCUAGCUUAGAACUGUUAUACCUCCGUAUCAGUGACUCAAAACCGCAAAACCCAUCACCAGGCAAGGAAAACGCUGAGCAUGCAGGCAGUUUCAACUUUGAAAACAUUCUCAAAGAAGAGUUGACAUCGACAAAAACAUUUGCACAGAGUUUUGAGCUGCCUUAUUAUGCUAAAUAUUUGCUAAUAGCUGCUUACUUAGCAAGCUACAACCCCCCUAAAGAAGACAAAAGGUUAUUCAUGAAAAAUCAUGGAAAGCAGCGGAAAAGAAUGCAGCAAGUGAAGGCAAAAGCAAAAAUCAAUGAGAAAUUAAACACACAGCUCGGGCCAAAAGUAUUCACAUUGGACAGAUUAUUGGCAAUAUUCUAUGCAAUAUUAGAAGACAAGAUUGGCCUCACAAGUAAUUUGCUCGCACAAAUAGCAACUCUAGUUGAGCUGAAACUGAUUGCUGGAGGAAAGGAAAUAGAUUUAGAUGCUGCAAAAUAUAAAUGUAUUGUUGGCUAUGAUUUCAUUGCAGCUGUAGCACAAACUGUUGGAUUUAAUGUCAGAAAAUAUUUGUAUGAUUUCAUUUGAUAUCAUUUUUAUUAUGAAAUAUUUAUUAUUUAUUUAUUAAACAGCAUGAGAUGUA